AUGUCUCUGGCUAGCAAGCUUUCCAUCACCGACGUGGACGUCAAGGGAAAGCGGGUUCUUAUCCGGGUCGACUUCAACGUCCCACUCGACGAGAACAAGAAAAUCACCAACAACCAGCGUAUUGUGGGAGCCGUCCCCACCAUCAAGUACGCCCUCGACCAUGGGGCCAAGUCCGUCAUUUUGAUGUCCCACCUCGGCCGUCCCAACGGCUCUCCCAACCCCAAGUACUCCCUCCAGCCGGUCGUUCCCGAGCUUGAGCAUCUGUUGGGCAAAAAGGUCACCUUUGCUCCCGACUGCGUGGGAUCCGAGGUCGAGGAGACUGUGAACAAGGCAAACGACGGCGAUGUCGUUCUCCUCGAGAACUUGCGAUUCCACCUUGAGGAGGAGGGCAGCUCCAAGGACAAGGACGGCAACAAGACCAAAGCUGACAAGGCCAAGGUGGAGGAUUUCCGCAAGGGCUUGACUGCCCUUGGCGACGUUUACAUCAACGACGCUUUCGGUACCGCUCACCGUGCUCAUUCGUCCAUGGUUGGUGUCAAUCUUCCACAAAAGGCAGCUGGCUUUCUCAUGAAGAAGGAGCUCGAGUACUUUGCCAAGGUGCUCGAGUCUCCUCAGCGUCCCUUCCUGGCCAUUCUGGGCGGUGCCAAGAUCUCGGACAAGAUUCAGCUCAUCGACAACUUGCUGGACAAGGUCAACACGCUCAUCAUCGGCGGCGGCAUGGCUUUCACCUUUAAGAAGGUGCUCGACGACAUGUCGAUUGGCAACUCGCUCUUUGACGAGGCUGGUUCCAAGACUGUGAAACAACUGAUGGAAAAGGCCAAGGCCAAGAAUGUCAAGGUUGUCCUGCCCGUGGACUUUGUCACCGGAGACAAGUUUGCCAAGGACGCCAAGGUAGGAUACGCCACCGACUCCAAGGGCAUCCCCGACGGCGAGAUGGGUCUCGACUGUGGCGAGAAGUCGUCUGCUCUUUUCAAGGAGGCCAUUGACGAGGCCAAGACCAUCCUGUGGAACGGCCCCGCCGGUGUCUUUGAGUUUGACAGCUUUGCCAAGGGCACAAAGGCCAUUCUCGACGCUGCUGUCGACGGCUGCCAAAAGGGCGGCAAGAUUGUGAUCAUCGGAGGUGGUGAUACCGCCACCGUGGCUGCCAAGUACGGCGUCGAGGAUAAGCUCAGCCAUGUGUCUACAGGCGGCGGUGCCAGCUUGGAAUUGUUGGAGGGCAAGGAGCUUCCCGGCGUCGCCGCUCUGUCGAGUAAGUAA